AUGAUCAGGGCAGUUUCUCGUAGUGAUUUUCCUGCUGAUGGGGUUGAAUUUUAUUGGAGGAUGAGAUGGGAGGGAGUGGUGUCAAAUUAUCUUACUCUGUCAUUUUGUCUUGAUUGUUUUACUGAGAAUUUUGGCUUGAUUGAGGGGAUGCAGAUUCAUGGGAGGGUUUUGGUUUAUGGAUAUGUGAGAGAUUGUGUUUUGAUGACUUUGAUGGACUUGUAUUCUCUUUGUGGGCUAUAUGAUGAUGCAUGUAAGGUGUUUGAGGAUAUGCCUCACAGAGAAAAUGCAAGGGCCAGAUGUGAUGGGUAUUCCCCUGAUGCUAAGGUUGCUGCUGAUGGUCGACCUCAUUGUUGUGCAAUUCCAGAUGAUGAAGUCAAUGAUUUCAAGGUUAAACAACGCAGCAUAUCUUGCAGUUGUAUUUACAAAGAUAUAAGCCAAGAGGGGAGGGGCAAUUUGAAUGAUUUAUCUGAACAAGCAUUCAAAGAAGCCGAUGUAGAUCUAGAUGAAAAGAUUUGUAGAUCUGAAUGCAUGGCAUCAAUUUGUAUCCAAAAAUCCCCAAUUGUUGAAAAUAAUGACUCUCCAAUAUCUCAGAAGCCUCAAAUUUGGGGGUUUUCUUUCAUCGGUGACAGGCUUUAUGCUCCCAAGAGGGGGCUCUCAAGAGGCGACGAGGAAUCAGUGGCGAAUUUAUUGCAUUCUAUUGUUGUCGAAGAUGAUGAUAAACAUCUAAAUCAGGCAACUGUUUUUAAGAAAGAUUCUAUUGUUGCUGCUGAAGAUAGGCUUCCUCCUGUUUCUACGGCUGUGUUUGCUGCUGCUGUUGUUGAAUGUGUACCUGCUGUUAAUUAG